AUGGCUCUUUCAGCAUUGCCGCGACCGGCCGGUGACAAUGACUCGCUCUACUUUAUGGAACCAGGCUCCAGAUACUGGCAUGUUGGCCAGCCCUUCCCCCCGCAGCUUAAGGAGAGGGCCACCACGGAUUACGAUUCCCCCUUGCUUACCGGAUUUCCCAUGUUGUCCACGUCGCAAUCCUCCGUGAUUCCCCGAGAGGGGUCGCUCGUGUCCAUACGGGAGGAAUUUCUGCGGGUCCCGGGGCCCAAUUCGUUUGUCAAUUCGGCCGACGGAGGUGACGGCAGGAGCUCGAGUGGGAGCUUGGUGUCCAAUGGCUCGAUCGGGACGAUGGAGACGGCUCCCCAAUUUCCGGGCUCGCCACGUGAGCCCUCGAUGGCGUUUACGUCUGUGGAUACGAAGGAGCUAUCCUGCGGCGCCCCUGGAUUCCAGAAAUGGUUAAAGUCGCUCUGUCGCAGGCAACCGCCCCUUCGGCGGAGUGUCCACUCACCUUAUCGGGGGGACGGCUCCGACGACGACGACUGGGCCGCCUCCAUUUUUUCUCCGGGAACGGGCGACGGGGCGGCUUCUUCCAGCUUCAAAUUUGUAACGGCGGUCAAGACCGCUUCGAUCACGUUUGCAUCCGUGUCUAUGGAGGACGAGUCCCUUAGGAGGGGCAAGAAUAGCGUUGUCGCUUUGGACAGUGAUACGAUCGCGAGAAUGAGGGAUCGCGAGUGCGCAUUGGAGGAAUUGAUCAACACCGAGGAAUACUAUAUUGCUGACCUCAAGGUUUUGGUUAAUGUGGGUUUUUCCGGGUCCCAUCAGAAGCACGGACUAACGCGCUAACCCUUUGGCAGCUCUACAUGUCCAUGCUCAAUGAUUGCGAGGGAAUCCCCGCGGAUAUCAGGGACUCCAUUACACGUAACGUUUCCGAGAUCCUGAGCCUUCAUGAGAAGCUGUUGGAGGAGAUAUUUCACGCACUCCCUGCAGCAUCCCAUCAAAUUCAGACGUACAAGGGGAGGCGCUUUGGCGUGAGCUCGCGAGCUGACGGGUUUACGGGAAGCAAUGUUUUGGCCGAUCCCAUGGCUGCUGCCAAGGUGGCCAUGGUUUUUGAUAAAAUGGUGGGUGAUCGGAUUUCCUAUGUUCGUUGCAUGUGCAAAUCUGACCUGCCCUGCAGAUCAGGGGAUUCUUUGUCUAUGAAGAGUAUUGCGCCAAGUACGAGCUUGUUUGUGAGAAAUUCAAGGAAUUUCGUGGCUCUUCGUGGUCCCUGCGGGAAAGGGGAUGUGAAACGCUUGCUGGCGCCAUCAGCUCACAGGACAACAAAGAGGAGUACGGGAAACGGGCAUUGGCGCUGGCUGACAUGCUGGUGAAGGUAUGCACUGCGCACAAGCCCCAUGCUCGGCAAAAAUGUGCUAAUGUUUUCAGCCCAUCCAACGCAUUUGCAAAUACCCGUUGCUGUUUGCUGAAAUGGUAAAGUGCACGCCCGCCAUGGAUUGUCCCGAAUCGAACCAAUUGCUGGAUAAGGUUCGCUUUCGGCUGGAGGAGGCUGCUCAUCAGAUCAACCUGGCGGCUGUUAAUGGACCAAAGAUACGUGAUAGAAUGGAGAAGACGUGGCUGUUGCAGGAUCGCCUCAAUUUCAAAGACAAGGUUAGCCCGGUGGGGGGGUCGCUUACUUGGGUAUGGUGGUGCUGACCUGUUUAGCCCGACUGUUCCGUUCGCCUUCUUGGCCAGAUUGUCCUGUGUGGUGCGUUACAUGUGGCAUGGCAAGGACCAACGAUUCCGGUCGGGGAGCAUAUGGCCUGCCUACUUUACAAGUCUUACCUUUUACUCGCCAGGAUACCAAAAUCCGGUGAUACCUAUGAUGUCAAAUUCGCAAUAUCCCUAGGGACUGCCCGAAUUGAGGAGGCGAAUCAGGGGCAAGGUAUUUCUCACGUGAUCCUUGGCUAGUGCGCUCUAACAACAUAAUCAGGGCUAAAUUGCUACUCCGCACUCUUUUCAUGGAAAAUCAUAUUUGAGGCUGGGCAUCGGAUUUAUGAAGUGCUUCUGAGCGCUUGCUCGGCGGCCGAAGAGGAGGUAUGGCGGAACAGGAUCGCCGAGUGCAUCGCCGAGGAGAGCAAGGAUUAUGACGAAUAUGGUUCGGCAAAGUUGAAUUUAAUUCCCGUGGCCAUGUCUGAUAUAAGAUCCCUCGGCCAUGUGUUUGGACGACCCGGGACUCUGGCUAGAAGGCAGUCGUUGCACCGGCCUAGGAGCACACCGUUGCCAAAGUCGGACGUUAUUAUCAUCAACAAUACUCAUGCUCUUUCGGAGGUGAUUGGGUCGAAAUCGACGUCGGGCCUGAGCAGGAGUGCUUCGGUGCUCCAUGCGGGCCAGAUGACUGUUCUAUCGCCCAAGCGCACCGAGAGAAAUCGCAUAGAGUCGAGAUUAACGGAUGUCUGGACGAGGGAUCAAUUAGUUUAUGGAUCGAUGGCAAGCGGGGGUGUCCGAAGGAGGGAUGCGAGCAAUCUGAUGAGGAGGUUAUCAGCGGUGAGUCUGGUCAGCAGUGCUAGAAAGUCUAUGCAUAGCCUACACAGCUCUGGCAGCUCAUCGGAAGCAUCGUGGAUCCAAUCGUGGGAGAUUGCCGGAAACGCGGAUCCGGGGAUAUUAAUGGGAGUACCGUUGAAUGUGACGGAUGGAGUCCGGACUCGGAGUAGCCACCCGCACGGGGUGAGCAAAAGGGGCUAUGCACUUUCCCGGGCCUUCUCCUUCUCGGGAAGGUCAACUGAUUUGAAGAGCGUUCUGAGGAGGAGCGGGAGCUCGAGCCUGGAAUCCAAAUCCGAAGAGGCAUUGAAGGGGAAUACGAAGGCCGCCGACGGGGAGCCAAGACCAGUGGAAGUGUGCGUAUCUGCCAGCGGCCCUAACGAGGGAGCGCGCCGGAAAAGGAGGAGGAGUCUCCGCCCCCGCCGCCUGCGAGGGCUAGGCUUGGAUUGA